AUGCCGCCGCCGCCACCAGCACCACCGCCACCGCCACCGCCACCACCUCCACCCAAGGCAACAGAAGGCAACUCAUCAAGCACCGUUGGAGGCGCGGCAUCGGCCCUCUUUGCUGAGAUCCGCCAGGGUGGUGAUAACAUUACCUCUCGACUCCGCCACGUGACGGAUGAUCAAAAAGCAUAUAAACAAAACAUUCAACACGGUGCCGUUGAUUUCUCCGACCUCGAUGCAAAGAAGGCAGAGGCGGAGGCCAAGCGACAGCAGAAGCAAAAGCAACCGGAAACCACCGCAGCGGAGGAACCCGUGACGCGACUCGAAGGGGACAAGCGGUGGGUGGUUAAACACCACAAAGGAACUCCUUCGGAACCCUGCAAGGUGACUUUGGAAGAUGUCAAUAUGCGUCAUGCCGUGCACAUUCACGGUUGUGACAACACAUUUGUUGAGGUAAAGGGGAAAGUUAACACGGUCUCCGUUGUGUCAUGCAAUAAGGCGCAAGUUAUCCUGGAGAGUGUUGUCUCGGCUUUGGAGGUCCUCAAGUCUGACAGCGUUGAUGUUACGGUGCGGCGUUUUGUCCCCACUGCUAUGGUUGAGAAAAGCACGUCGGUGAAUCUCUUCCUCAUGGAUGUUGAGGAGGCGCCGAACACUGAAAUUGUAACAGCAUGCAGCAGCGCUGUGAAUGUGAACUUCCCUACCGUGGAGGAUCCAACAGAUAUUUUGGAAAGACCCCUCCCGGAGCAGUUCGUCUCACGUAUUGUGAGGGACAAUAGAGGAAAGUAUAAGAUUGAGACGAAGCCAAAUGAGGUGGCGUAG